CGCCCAUCCCCAACCCACUCCCGCUCCGACGGGAAAAGAAAAGGGGAGGAGGACACGGUCGGUCGCUCGCCGUAGAUCGGAUGAGAAUGAGGUGGACUUCUCCUGUAGAUAAUACCGCGCUUUUCCUCCCUUUUUUAUUUGUUCUCGCGCGAGCUGACUGACGGCCUCGAUUAUCUCCUCCCGCGCGCAUCCCCCGCUGCUCGCCAUUCUUAUCCGCCUGCCCGCCCUCCGCUACCUUUAUAGCUCUCGAGCUUCCCUCCUCCAUUCCCUCACCCAUACCUGAUACCUUCGUCGUGCAGCAGCCUGCAACCUUUCGUCAGCUGAGAGCGUCGAGCCACGCCAUUCUAGCUAGCUAGCUAGCGUCCGUCCGUUCGUUCGCGUGAUCUGCGUUUGCUCGUCCGCCUGAUCUGAUCUGCCUGGGAAUGGAGGCCUACGUCGUGUUCGCGCGCGGCAAGGAGGCGACGAUCAGGUUCGAGGAGCAGGAGGAGGACAUCGGCUGCGCGUCGUCCGAGUCGUCCGCGGCGGGUUCUUCCGCGUCGUCGUCGGACGAGGUGGAGCUCGCCGACGACGCCAGCUCCUCGGGGUCGACCGGUGACCACUUCGAGAUGGCCUCCCUCAUGACGCAACUCCCGAUCAAGAGGGGCCUGUCCAAGUUCUUCGACGGCAAGUCGCAAUCGUUCGCGUCGCUGGCGGCGGUGGACGGCCUGGAGGACCUGCCCAAGCCGCCGGCGAAGCGCCUCAAGACGUCACGGAGCUGCGGCGUCGGCCUCAAAGACGCGCACCGCCGCCGCCUCCCCGCGCCCGCGGUCGGCAAGAAGCAGGCGCCCAGGGCGCGCCUGACGCCGUCGGCGCCGAGGAGACUAGUGCGGGCGCGGCCCCUCGUGGCGGCGAGGCCGGCGGCGGCCGGGCAGCCCCUGUUAUUUGCCUAGGGGAUUCGCCCGCUCGCCUACCCGUAGAAUCACUACAGCGUUAUAUGGUGGUUCGUUUUUUUUUCCUCGCUUGAUACGGUUGUUAGCUAGCGUGGAUCUUGAAAAUGAAAUGGCCAGAGAAGAUUUGGCAUCUGUAAAUAUUUUGCAAGAGAUCUAACACGUUACAGGCUUGCAUCA